AAAGUGAACGGUUUGGGCCAAACACGAUGAAAAUGAAAUAAAACACCACCAAUAAUAAGUUUUUAUUUGGCUAUGUAUCAUUACUUUAAUCUUUGAAAAGUUUUUUUUUUUAUACUUGUUUGCUAAGGCGUGAACUGGACAGGUGUUACUGGAGCGGAACUUUUUCCUCAGGAAGAUGAGCGCGUUAAUGACACUUAAACACGGGAAGUAACAUAAGGCAAGUUGGCUGGCCAGACCUGAACCCCAGAGAGAAUCUGUGGGAUAUUGUCAAGAGGAAGAUGAGAAACACCUGACCUAAAAAUACAGACGAGCUGAAGGCCGCUACCAAAGUAACUUGGGCUUCAGUAACACCUCAGCAGUGCCACAGGCUGAUCGUCUCCAUGCCACGCCGCAGUGAUGCAGUAAUUCAUGAGCUAAUUCAUGUAAGGAAGGAGACCGGGGAUCUCACACACAGACGUAUACCGAUUGCACACAAGGACACAAUGGCAGCUUUCAGUAGCACCUGUGACUCUCAGGUGAGUCGGGCAUCCAGGCUCCGAGGAAAGGACACAAAAAGCAAGUCCAGUGUUUGUGGAAGUCCUCUGGAGCUGAGUGACUGUAGCACUGUGCUGGAGAAGAGUCAGGAAUUCUUUCAGAUCUGUGACACUGAGGACAAGGGCUUUGUUACUCGACGGGACAUGCAGAGGCUGCUUGGAGAGUUGCCUCUGAGUGCUGAGGAGCUGGAGAACGUGUUCGAUACGCUGGAUGCUGAUGGAAACGGAUACCUUACCCCAGAGGAGUUCUCCUCUGGAUUUAGUGAGUUCAUAUUUGGUCCUGCAGUGUCAGCAGUAACUCCACAGCCUGCUCCAGAGCGUGUCAAAGAGCCGAUUUCUCCUGAUAUGCUCUACCAGAGUCAGUGGGAGAACAAACUCAGUGUGAGCGAGGAUGAUGAGGAGCAACAUUUCUGCAUUCUGAUGGAGAGCCUGGGAGCCAGCAGCGUCUUCGAGGAUCCAGGAGCAGUGCAGAGUCUAUGGGCACAGCUACGCAAGGAUGAGCCUCGACUCCUGGCUAACUUUGAGGAGUUUCUUGCCAGGGUCACUUACCAAAUUAAAGAAGCGAACCAGGAGAAGAGCGAGAUGGAAACUGCUUUGAAAAGGAAAGCAGCUUCCCAUGAUGAUGAAAUCCAGCGUCUCUAUGAGGAAAUGGAGCAACAGAUCAAAAAUGAGAAAGACAGGAUUCUUUUACAGGAUUCUGAACGGUUCUUAACUUUCAGUCAAGACCUUGAGUACCAACUUUCUAGCAAAGAGAGGGAACUUGAACUGCUUUCAAACAAACAGAAACGGUUAGAGCAGCAGUGUCAUGAGCUGCACAGUGAGCAGAGGGUGACCGCAGUGGAGAAUGUGAAACUGAAGCAGUAUAAUCAGGAGCUGGCUCACGAGCUGGAGCACACCACUCAAGAGCUGAGCUUAGCCCAGGAGCAGCUCAGUCUGCUGCAGGAACAAGCGUCUCGCCUACAGGAAGAGCGAGAGCUGGAGGUGUACAGAGUUACAGAGGGUUUGCAACGAGAAAGAGCAAAUCUACUGAAGCAACUCGAUUUACUAAGGGAAAUGAACAAACAUUUAAGAGAUGAGCAGGAUGUGCACCAUCAAAAACCAAACAACUUGGCUCUCAAAGCAUCAAGGGCACAGAGAUCUGGAUACACAGAAAGGAAACAAUCAUUUAAGAUCGAUGAUGAUGAGGACAUCCUGCCACAUUCGAAGAGGAAGAGUGCAGUAGGUGUAAAGGCACACAGUUUAGCUCUAGGGCAGGACGAUCAAACAGAGGGAUGGCGUUCUCCGAAACACCAGCUACAGAGGAUCAUCUCCAUUGAGGAAGACCACCUCCCCCAGCUCCUGCAGAAGGAGUACCAGGCUGAGCUUAGGAACUGGAGUGAGGAAGAGGAGGACCUGGAAGAGGGCAUUGACCUCCAGACGACCAGUAUUUUCCCUUCUACCAGCACGCCAAUUGCACAGUGUCCUCCAAUAGAGAGCAGACGUGCACACACGCCCACCUCACCCAGGGGGCAACCUGUGGGCAAAGAGACUGUUCAACUGGAGGAAGGAGCAAGUUCAGAACCUGACCGUCUGUUUAAGAUUGUUCUGGUGGGAAACUCCAGUGUUGGCAAGACCUCUCUCCUGCGCCGUUUCUGCGAUGGCUGUUUCUACCCAGGAACCUCAGCGACUGUUGGUAUUGACUAUAGCGUGAAGACGCUUAUCGUGGACAACAGCCAGGUAGCGCUGCAGAUGUGGGAUACAGCUGGGCAGGAACGGUACCGCAGCAUAACUAAGCAGUUUUUCCGCAAGGCAGAUGGUGUAGUGGUCAUGUAUGACAUCACUUCUGAGCAGACUUUUACAGCAGUGAGAUCAUGGCUGGACAGCGUACAGGAAGGAGCAGGAGAUGACAUUCCUGUCAUGUUGCUGGGCAAUAAGACAGAUCUGGAGGACCAGAGAGAGAUCCAGUUCAGAGUGGCAGAGAAAUUGGCGAAGGAGUUUCGGCUGAAUUUCUUUGAAUGCAGUGCUUUUUCUGGCCACAACGUGACUGAGUCCAUGGUGCACUUGUCAAGGAUUUUAAAGGAACAAGAGGACCGAGAGAAAGAAAAAACUGUCUCCUUAGUAGAUGCCCCUUCAAAGAAGAAGGCCUGUUGCUAGCGAAAGAAAUCCUGAUACACACACACACACACACACACACACACACACACACACACACACACACACAAGCUGUGCUCAGUGGCAACUUAUUCACUUCCAAUUCACUGGUUUUAACGGCACAGUAAAUUUUACACAGUUCUCACCCUCUGCACCUGUGUUUUAACGUCAUAUAACACUUUUAGACAUACAGUACUGUGCAAAAGUCUUUGGCACCCUAUUAUUUAUUUAUUCAUUCAUUUUUUUGCACAAACUUUGUUAUAGAUUAUUUUAUGAGGGGCGGCACGGUGGUGUAGUAGUUAGCGCUGUCGCCUCACAGCAAGAAGGUCCAGGUUCGAGCCCCGUGGCCGGCGAGGGCCUUUCUG